AUGGAGCAGUCAACGCAGCCACAGACGGUCGGCUACAGCCUGGCAGACUCGCCCGCAGGUCUGCUCGCGUGGAUCUACGAGAAGCUCGUCCGGUGCACGGACAGCUAUGCAUGGGAGGAUGACGAGGUGCUUACGUGGAUCUCGGUCUACUGGUUCUCGCGCGCCGGCCCUGCUGCGUCGGUCAGGAUCUAUUACGAGGUCAUUCAGGACGACCCCGGCGCCUUGCGAAUGGCGAAAUAUAGCCCAAUUCCUCUUGGGCUGUCCUUCUUCCCUAAGGAGCCCGUAGUCGUGCCAAGAUUAUGGGCAAGGACGCUCGGCAACGUUGUGUUCGAGGCUGAACACGAAAAGGGCGGCCACUUUGCGGCUCACGAAAGACCGGAGGACCUUGCGGGCGACCUGCGUACGGCGUUGUGCCGGGCAAGGACGGCUACGUCGGCCGCGAUGCACAUCUGUGACAGCAUUAAAGCACUGUCACUGUAA